GGUUGGUGCCGCCGGGGCCGGGGGCGCGGCCAGGCCGGGGCCGUCCCGGUAAAGCGGCGGCGCGGGCAGCGCGGCCCCGCACCAUGGAGGGGCACCUGGCGCGCUGCAAGAUCGUGGUGGUGGGGGACACGCAGUGCGGCAAGACCGCGCUGCUGCACGUCUUCGCCAAGGACUGCUACCCCGAGAGCUACGUGCCCACCGUCUUCGAGAACUACACGGCCAGCUUCGAGAUCGACAAGCAGCGCACCGAGCUCAACAUGUGGGACACCUCAGGCUCGGCGUACUAUGAUAACGUCCGUCCCUUGGCCUACCCGGACUCGGAUGCUGUGCUCAUCUGCUUUGACAUCAGCCGCCCAGAGACCCUCGACAGCGUGCUCAAGAAGUGGCAAGGGGAGACUCAGGAGUUCUGCCCCAACGCAAAGAUCGUGCUGGUGGGCUGCAAGCUGGACAUGCGGACGGACCUGAACACGCUGCGGGAGCUCUCCAAGCAGCGCCUCAUCCCUGUCACGCAUGAGCAGGGCAGCGCGCUGGCGCGGCAGAUCGGGGCAGUGGCCUAUGCAGAGUGCUCCUCCAAGGUGUCUGAGAACAGCGUGCGGGAUGUGUUCCAUGUGACCACGCUCGCCUCGGUCAACAGGGUGCACAAGAACUUGAAGCGCAGCAACUCCAAACGGGGACUGAAGCGGGCGUCACAGAUGCCCGGCAGGACGGACUUACUGAACGACACGGAGAUCAGGAAAGACCGAGCCAAGAGCUGCUCCAUCAUGUGAAAAACAGGCUGUAAAUAAUGUGUGUAUGUUGUCCAUUUUGUACAGUAACUGGCUGAGACAAGGGCAUGGCGCUGGCUGCGUUGCCAGCCUGCCUUUCCAAAGCCUUUCUCUCAAGUCCCUAGGGCUGAGCAAAGGUCCCAGCUGCAAAUGGGGGUGCACAAGUUGCCCCCUACCAUGGACUUCUGGGUUGGCUGCUGCUGUGUGGAUUGCUUGGGGUGAAGGAACCACUUGGCAGAGGAGUAUUCAGGUGCUGGAAGGUCUGUGGCUGGGUAAAAUGGAGCAAAAGGGAGUGAUCCUGUGUGUGUGCCACCCCUCCUGUUCCCAUGGCCCAGCCUCUGUGCCUGUGUGCAGCUACACGCAUAGCGUGGUGCUGUGGGCUGUGUGGGAGCUGGGCUGGAGGGUGGGAGAUGGGUGGUGUUGCCAGCAGCAGAGUGCAAUCAGGAGAAGGUGUUCUUGCACUCUUCCUUCAGAAGAGAAUUGAUGUUUGAGGUGGUGCUGCCUUCAGCUAGUCCGGACAGCAAGUCACUCUGGAAGGUGCAGGUCUGGGCCAGAGCUGGGAGGGAUGGCGUCCUGGGAAGGAACCUUAGCCUGGCAAGACACAUCAGUAGCCCACCUCCUGCUGUAGAUAGGUGGCUCUUUUCACACUGUUUUAGGUACUUGAACUCCAUUUGAAAUGCAGCAGAAUGGAUCUGGCUCCAAGGGGGAGGCCUAUCCCGGUAGCUGCAUCCCGCGAAUUGUGGUUCCCUUCAGCAAGCAAAUGCCACUCAGGAGCUGAUGUCCCCGCUGCUGACAGCCUGGUUACUCAUCAGCCUGCUCCAGCCACGCUUCCGAGGCAGCAGACUGCAAUAACCAUCCACAUCCUGCUCUCCACCCGUUCCCAGCUGCAGCUUGCGUUGCAUGGUGCUGUGUUUGUCUGGUCCAGGUAACCAAAAGGAUUACAUGCGCAUCCGCACCCUGUCUCCACCGUGGCUGUGGGAGGCAAGGUGCUCGUUCCCCUUCUGCCUGCUGGAAGCCUCCCACACCUCCCAUUGCUUCCGCUGCUGUCCUCUCUAAAUGCCUUUGACUACAGUGUUAGCCUUGACUUCAUGUCACAUAGACACUUUAGGAAUAAAGAACCUGCUCCAUUGCCAGGUCCAGCUGUGUCAGUGGGUUCAGAAAACAAAUAAAUCUUGUUGGGAAAUGCACA